CCCGGGAGCGCCUCCGCCAGGCCCGGCCCAGGCCUCGACGCGGCCCUGCGCAGCGCCCAGCGCGGCGGCGACCCCCGGGCUCGGCCGGCGGGGGCGGGCCCGGGCGCUCCGGCUGCUCUUCCAUUCUCUGGGCGGGAGCGGGAGCCCCGGCGCCCGGGGUCGGAGCUGCGCCCUCGCCCAUGGCAAGCGCGGCCUGCCCGGGCCCCGGGGACCCUGCCAUGUGAGGCGGGCCCGGGCUGGGGGCCCGGCCAUGGCCGGAGAGCGGCCCCCGCGGCGGGGCCCUGGGCCCGGGCCCGGGGAGGCGCCGGGGGAGGGGCCCCCGGGGCCGGGGGGCGCGGGCGGAGGCCCGGGCCGGGGCCGCCCCUCCUCCUACCGUGCCCUCCGCAGCGCCGUGUCCAGCCUGGCGCGCGUGGACGAUUUCCACUGCGCCGAGAAGAUCGGGGCCGGCUUCUUCUCCGAGGUCUACAAGGUUCGGCACCGACAGUCUGGCCAAGUCAUGGUGCUGAAAAUGAACAGGCUCCCCAGUAACCGGGGCAACACGCUCCGGGAGGUGCAGCUGAUGAACCGGCUCCGGCACCCCAACAUCCUAAGGUUCAUGGGGGUCUGUGUGCACCAGGGCCAGCUGCACGCUCUCACAGAGUACAUGAAUGGGGGCACCCUGGAACAGCUGCUCAGCUCCCCGGAACCCCUGUCCUGGCCUGUCAGGCUCCGCCUGGCACUGGACAUUGCCCGAGGCCUGCGGUAUCUGCAUGCCAAAGGUGUCUUCCACCGGGACCUCACCUCCAAGAACUGUCUGAUCCGGCGGGAAGACCAGGGCCUCACGGCUGUGGUGGGCGACUUCGGGCUGGCUGAAAAGAUUCCUGUGUACAGGGAAGGCGCGAGGAAGGAGCCGCUGGCUGUGGUGGGCUCCCCAUACUGGAUGGCCCCCGAGGUGCUGCGGGGUGAGCUGUAUGAUGAGAAGGCUGACGUCUUUGCCUUCGGGAUCGUCCUUUGCGAGCUCAUCGCUCGGGUGCCUGCUGACCCUGACUACCUGCCCCGCACUGAGGACUUCGGCCUGGACGUGUCUGCAUUCCGGGCGCUGGUGGGCAGAGACUGUCCACUACCCUUCCUGCUCCUGGCCAUCCACUGCUGCAGUAUGGAACCAGGCACUCGAGCCCCCUUCAGCGAAAUCACCCCACACCUCGAGUGGAUCCUGGAGCAGCUGCCCGAGCCUGACCGCCUCAGCAAGGCACCCCUGACUCAUGCCCCAGGGACUGUUCCAAGAGGGGGUCCCUCUGCCACACUUCCCAGGCCAGACCCCCGGCUCUCCCGAAGCCGGUCAGACCUCUUUCUGCCCCCAUCGCCAGAAUCACCCCCUAACUGGGGGGACAACCUGACUCGAGUCAACCCCUUCUCACUACGGGAAGAUCUCAGGGGCGGCAAGAUCAAGCUCCUGGACACCCCCAGCAAGCCCGUGGCGCCCCCGCCCCUGGUGUCGCCCUCACCGCUGCCCUGUGCCCCACCACCCCUGGUGACCGCUCCAGACAUCCAGCUGCAGCCCGCCACCCCAGCCCGCCGCUGCCGCUCCCUGCCUGCCUCCCCAGAGCUCCCUCGGAGGAUGGAGACAGCGCUGCCUGGCCUGGGUCCCCCUGCGGCUGGCCCCUCGGCCGAGGAGCAGAUGGAGUGUGAGGGCAGCAGCCCUGAGCCGGACACCCCAGGAGCAGCCCCGCAGCUGCCCUUGGCCAUGGCCACAGACAACUUCAUCAGCACUUGUGCCUCGGCCUCCCAGCCCUGGUCCCCUAGAUCGGGACCUCCCCUGAACAAUAACCCCCCCGCCGUGGUGGUGGACUCCCCACAAGGCUGGGCCGGGGAGCCCUGGGACCGCGCCCAGCACAGUUUGCCCCGGGCGGCGGCCCUGGAGCGGACAGAGCCCUCCCCGCCCCCUGCAGCCCCCCGGGAGGCUGACGAGGGGCUGCCCUGCCCGGGCUGCUGCCUGGGCCCCUUCAGCUUUGGCUUCCUGUCCAUGUGCCCCCGCCCCACGCCCGCUGUGGCCCGCUACCGCAACCUGAACUGCGAGGCGGGCGGCCUCCUCUGCCACCGGGGGCACCACGCCAAGCCCCCCACGCCCAGCCUGCAGCUCCCCGGGGCGCGCUCUUAGCACAGGCUCCCGCUUCGGCCUUCAGGAUGCCCCCGAGGACAGGACACGUGCUGGACAGUUGCGGCCCCCUUGGGCUCACCGACUCUUCUCCCCGAGUAGGGGACCUCAGCAUGGACUCGAGGGAUGGGUCAUGCUUCUCGGGCUCCUGGGGUCCCUCUCCCGGGAUCACCGACCCAGACACAGCGUUGCUGACACAGGAGACUAACACGUGCGAAUUAUUUAAAAAAUUCAAUAAAGCUGCCUGGCUGGC